AUGGGGGCCUUUGAUCUAGCUCGCCCUGAGGCCACGGCGGCAGCAAAAUACUUUGCCUUCAUCGUGGGCAAAAAAGCGGAUCAAGCGCAGCCCAAGAUGAAAGAAUUCUUAGAACUCGUUGUCACUUAUUUCGAUUUUAUUCGACCUUCUAUGAUAAAGCAGUUGGCUAAUGAGCUCGCUCAUUUUGUCACACUACUGUCUACGAUGUGGAAGGACAAUGACCUUCAUCUUGACAAUGCACGCAACAACGACGUGUACCACGAGGCUCGUUCGUUGACCACCCGGAACAUCCCAUAUCCUCUAUGGUUUGUUUUGGCCUGUGCCUUUGGGCCCGGACAUUCGGCGCUCGCCGAAAUACGGAAGGCUUUGUCCAAGGCACGGGAUUCCGAGAUCACAUCGAACGGGAUAUCUUACCCAAGUUGCAACUCUUCUUCCCGGGAGUUCGAACUUUUCGGAAUGGAUCCCAAGCUCAACGCUGCAGCCAGCCCCGCGGUGAAGACUAGUCCUAUUGUCACGUCAACUAUCCCUGUAUACUUGACAUCCCCGAAUGCUGCAAAGGACGCUACAGCUCAAGCAAAAACCAAUCCAGAUGAUAAUACAAUCUUCAAGGCUUCCAACCCUUCCGAAAGGUUGUCUCGACCCCCAAGCGAAUCUGUUCAUUCAGGUUUACAAAAUUUACGAAUGAAGAUUCAUAAUCGAGGACCAAAGCUGAUUUACAAUAGGCGUGGCCCUUUUGUCACCGAACCUUCGCCGGAACUUGCUUCCCGUGGCAUAUCGUCUAGCUCCAACGUCAACAGGAACUCCGAUGAUCCUCAGACUGAAAUAUCGCCAGAACCAACCCCCCCUACAAACAGUCCAGGCUCGGCGAGUCCUCGAGCAUCCAACAAUACACCUGACGGCGGGACAGGUACCAAUCCGUUUCGCUUGCGACUCGCUCUCGAUCGAUCCGAGCCAGGCUCGGUUGAGUUUCAUUCUCAAGGAACUACCAUGCCCUCUACCCCGACGAGAUCAGAUGUGCCUCAAGACUCGGAAAGCCACCUCAGGCCAGAUUUCAUAGGCAUGAGCACGGAGCUAGACAGUCUAACAUCACAGACGGCAUAUCCCCACCGGGACAUGACUAAGAAACUUGAUCAACUUGAGAACGACCGGAGUUCCUUCACAAAGUACCUUCAAGGUGGCGAAAGGGGGUCAAAAGUUCAAUGA